GCGAGAUCUGGAAUGAGGAGGUCGUGUCGGUCGCUCCUUGAAGUUUGCGCGCGUUUCGAUUCAAAUUUCGAAUUCGAUCUGUGAAAUGUAGUUUGACUGUGGACUUGUGGAUUAUAAGAGAAUAAUCAUGGCGGACGGAAUUCUCCUUAUAUUGACAUCCAUAUCAAUAUUAAAUGCCGAUGCUCUAGCGAAUUCGGCAGGAAUUGAAAUGCAUGACAAUGCGCCUAAAACGUACAGAAGUUGCUGUAAGGAAGGUAUCGUGCAGCACGUGUUACCAACAUUAAAACAGCAUAGUACUUACAGGUCAACUGCCGAAGCCCUUAAGAGCACUUCUGAAUGGAAAACGGACUAUGAUAUAGAUACAAUGAGAGGAAUCUUCAAACGAAGCCUGACAGAUGGCAGAGUGAUGAUGACCCAGCAUUUCACAGAAAGAACACUGACACCAGGCGGUGAUAUCAGUAUGCAAUGUGCGGCAACAGCAGACCGACCCCCGCAGUUUAUUUGGCAGCGAGACGGCCUAACCGUAUCAACUAGUACUGACCCUAGAUAUUCAUUAGGACAAGUAAUGAGAGCCGAUGGUACGGUGCUGGCUCAACUAAAUAUAUCAAGGGUAAGGGUGGAAGAUGGUGGGUUAUACUCCUGUAUAGCCAAGGAAGGUGAUCAUGUGGCAGUCCACGAGAACAGACUGGAUAUAUAUGGUCCACCAUAUAUAAGAGCGCUGCCUGCAAUUAAGGUACAGAGCGGGGAAACGGUCAAUUUAAGGUGCCCUUAUUAUGGAUAUCCAAUAAGUAAAAUAGACUGGGAAUUCAAAGGUAACACAAUCAGCUCGGACAAUCUUUUCCAAAACCGUUACAAGCGCAGCCAACAUAAGAAAAAGAAAAUACGUCGAAGCGUCACCAACAUACAUGGAAUUUUGAACAUACCAGAAGUGAAUAAAGAAGAAAAUGAGGCUUCAUACACAUGCAUAGUGACUAGUCCGUCGGGUGAAAUGGCUAGACGCACAUUUGAUAUACAAGUAAUAGAGGCGCCUGUUUUAGAAGACCUUCUAUUUGGAAAUAAUCUACAAGAAGGUCAAAUUGUUAAUAUCUAUUGCAAUGUUCGUAGCGGUGAUUUGCCGAUACAUUUUGAAUGGCUCAAGGAUGGGAAACGAAUUCCAAGCAGUUUAAAGGUAGUGGAACGUAGUUCUGAACUGUUCAGCGCUUUAGUGAUAAAACGGGUUGCUUUAGAGCAUUGUGGUACAUACACGUGUGUUGCCACCAACCAUGUUGCAACAGUAAAUAAAACUACGGAACUAUAUAUAAAAGUGGCACCAAAAUGGUUAGAAGAGCCGGCUAAUUCUUCACUACUUCUGGGAAGACGAGGCGCGGUCUCUUGCAGCGCCAGUGGAUACCCUAAACCUCAAGCUCAUUGGAUGAAGAAAGAUGCUAUUUUAGGAACAUGGCAGCCAGUACUAGAAUUGGCUGGUGGUGGGAUACUGAGUCUGGCAAAUGGGACACUCGUUAUAGAUGAAGUCUCGCUAUCAGACGAAGGGUUAUACUCUUGUAAUAUUGAGAAUGGCGUCGGCACACCACUCAGCAAGACCAUUUGGAUCUCUGUGAAUAAACCGGUUCAUUUCGCUUCGCCGUCAUCUAAUGUCACCUCCCGCCUGGGUCAGUCAGCAAGCAUCGAAUGUAAUGCACUUGGCGAUCAUCCUGUGACAAUACAAUGGAUCAGGCAUGGACAUACAAUGGACUUACAUUCUCAUAGGUGGAAGCUAUCUGAAUUGAAAACAAAUUCAGGAUUGUCGAGUAAGAUCAAUAUACAGUAUGCUGAGGCUACCGAUGGAGGCUUAUACCAAUGCCGAGCCAGUAAUCCCUUUGGGGCUAGCACUUACAACAUAUACGUCACUAUUUUAGAACCUCCCACUCCACCAUCGGAACUCAGAGUGGAAUCCGCUCAGUCUCGAUCAGCCACAAUAUCAUGGCGUCCCAACGACCGCGUCGCCGCAUACCAGUAUACGAUACAGUAUGCGCUUGCGCACACUGGUGAUAUACGCUGGGAACUUGGCAGUACCUUCAAUAUUUCAAGUAAGGAUAACGAAGUCCGUCAAACAUUCGACCUACAAAAUCUCCGGCCAGCCAGCGCCUACGCCGUCAGAGUGGCCACUGUCAACCAGGUUGCCGUCAGCAGAUUUACUGAACCAGUGCAUUUGACUACGCAAGAAGAACCUCCGUCAUCCCCACCACAACACAUCCGGGUCUCGCAAACCGACGAGCCUGGUGGCUUGCACGUGCUGUGGGGGGCGCCAGAUGCUCUGUCACAUAACGGUCACAUCACUGGUUAUCACAUCAAGGCAGUGCCGCAGAACCUUGGACCAAAAGAAACAGACACUAGGAUAAUAAAGGUUUCCCACCAAAAUGGAAGGCAGGAAACUACGUUAAGCGGAUUAUUAAAAAAUACAAGAUAUGCUGUUUCAAUAUCAGCAUUUAAUAGCGCUGGAUCUGGACCGUUUUCCUCACCUGUGUUCCAAGAAACUAGGGAAGGAGCUCCUGAAAGCGCGCCAUCAUCAGUAGAAUGUACAGCUAUAUCUUCGACAUCGCUGCGAGUUGGCUGGCAGCCGAUAAAUACACCACGGCAUGGGACAGAAAUCGCUGGUUAUAUCAUACUUUAUAGUACCGAAGAUACCGAUUGGCAGAAUCAAACCUCUUUACAUACGGAGCAAUAUAUUCAGAAUUUGUUAAAAUACACAAACUAUACAAUCAAAGUUGCUGGAUUUUCUAGUUAUGGUGCUGGGCCGUUUUCAUAUCCGAUAGUAUGCACUACGUUACAGGAUGUACCCAGUCCACCAGCAGAUAUAAAGGUUCUAGUGCUUUCGCCGACAUCACUGCUAAUAAGUUGGAAACCACCAGAUCGCCCAAAUGGUGAAGUUAUAUACUACACUGUUUAUGUAAAACCAGUUGGGGGCUCUGGUGAAGCAGUGAUGACCCAAAAAGUGGAAGCCAAUCGCAACACAGCUGAAGUGAAAGAUUUAAGUACAGGACGGACUUACGAAGCCUGGGUGUGCGCCUCCACUCAUGUUGGAGAAGGGCGGGCUAGCAAACGACUAACACAGACACCGACGCAUAGAGUCGUCGCGGGAGUAUCAUCAUUAGGAGGGACAGUAUCAGUGGGAGCAGGCUCGUCCCUCCUGCUACGGUGCGCGUGCGUGGGCUCGCCCGCCGCGCGCACCGUGUGGUACCACAACCACAACAUCAUCACCCACCACCCGCGCUUCACCAGGAACCACGAUGAUACCCUUCUCAUUAAUAAUAUUGACGAAUCUCUAAGUGGCAAUUAUACCUGUCUAGCAAAGAACUUGUACGGUUCAGAUUCAGUAAAAUACACAGUUAUAGUUCAACCAUUACCAGACUCUCCAAUACUCAGGGCGACGCCAUAUAAAGAUUCAAUUUUAGUUGAAUGGGAACAACCGCACUAUCCGACAAUGAAUAGAUCUUCGAUCCAGAAAAUAUCCUAUAGCUUGACAUGGAAGGAAGCGAAUGGCCCAUGGCAAGAAGCAUGGGCUCAUAAUGAGUUACCGAACUUAUCAAAUUCACAAAAGCACACAUUAUCAGGUCUUAAGUGUGGCACGAAAUAUUCUGUAAGAAUAACUGCCACCAAUAAAGUGGGUACAUCCCAACCUGCAUACAUGGAUGUGAAUACUUUGGGUAGUGUACCAAUACCGCCAUCAUCAAAUGAAUGGUUAUGGAGUAACAGUACACAUGUUUACAUUCAAUUGGCGGGCUGGGAGGACGGUGGUUGUGAUAUACGCUCUUGGGAUGUUGAAUAUCGCACUCUUGGGUCACGGUUAUGGACCAGAGCGAGGAAUACAUUGGUACAUACAAGUUGGAAUAUGCCCCUGUACCAAGCUCCCAGCUAUCGCUCCAGUUCGUUUGCGAUAUCAGAUCUGUUGCCUGGUACGUGGUACCAAGUCCGUAUAACCGCUUCGAACGAAGCAGGCAGUGUUAGCAGUAUUUAUAAUUAUGCAACCAAAAACUUGGAUGGCAGUGAAGUCGGUCCACCAUCAGAGAUGUUUGACUUGAACAUGUUUGUAAUAAUAUUCAGCUCUGUACUGUUAUUGGUAUGCCUCGUUUGCUGUGUGUAUAUCCUACUGAAGAGACAGAGAAAUGGUAACUUCACUCAAUACAGGGACUCCAUAACUAUUGAUAACAAAUCAGAAAGUGGUAAUAUUACCACUAAUAAUUCGCACGGCAACCUAGCUGCAAAAGAAAAUGCUCUGAAUGCACAAAACAGGAUUUACAGCACACCAAUACCAGUUCGAAAUAAUAGUAAACACGAAUUAUACGAAAUAAGCCCAUAUGCUCAAUUCGCGGUUGGCUUCAGAACAUUUGGACAUAUUGACAACCAAGAUCCACCCAGCAAAAUGAAACACAUCUAUGUUUUUACAGAAACUAGUUUUCAAAUGUGUUCUGAGUGUGAAGACAGUGAUACCGUAUCAAAAUAUAGCGUCUCGGGCAGUAAAUGUUCCAGAGAGACGUGUAGAACCCCACAUCAUAGGUAGCUAAGAGAGAAGACACCAAGAGUAUUGAAUAGGAAGAAAAUCUGAACCAUGUACCUACUUAUCCUGUAAAUUAAGG